AUGGCGGCGAGUGAGCACAUGCCCUUACAAGUGCUCUGUGCCCAGCAGGAACUCUGGGCCAUGGGGAAAUACUGGCAUUUUGUAGAGGACACCCUCCCCUUUCCUGGGGUGUAUGACUUGUCCUGGCACAGUACAGAUAUCCAGGGACCAGUGGCCUUUGGAGAGGUGUCCUUUCAUUUCACUGAGGAGGAGUGAGUCCUGCUGGAUCCAGGCCAGAGAGCUCUGUACAAGGAGGUCGUAUGGGAGAUUCAUGAGAUGGCAACCUCUCUGGGAGAUGUCCAGGGGAUCACAGAAGUGUCACUGGGAAAAGUUGAGGAGCAGAAGGAGUGGGAAUUGGGGAGUCAAGAUGAAGCAAAGAGACAAGAGGGGAGACAAAUGCAAAAGCCGGUGGAUGAAUCCAGUGCUUCUGAAGGUGGUGAAAAUAAAAUUCAAGGGAGUAUUCUUUAUGUAAAGGAAACAAGAAUGUCUCCUCAGCGCAGUGAAAACAUAAAUGGCCAGAAACCCCUGAGUACAUAUUGGAGAAGGCAUACAAGAAAGAAACCAUAUAAAUGCUUAAAAUCUGGGCACACAGGGGACAAACAUUGUAAAUGCCUGGAGUGUGGAAAGAGCUUCAUUGACAGUAAAACUCUUACUGUGCAUCAAAGAACUCAUACAGGGGACAAACCUUAUAAGUGUUUGGAGUGUGGAAAGAGUUUCAGUCAGAGUGGCACGUUUUCUAGACAUCAAAGAACUCAUACCGGAGACAAACCUUAUAAAUGCUUGGAGUGUGGAAGGAGCUUUAGACAGAAUGGUGCUCUUCAGGUACAUCAACGCAUCCAUACAGGGGACAAACCUUAUCAGUGCUUGGAGUGUGGAAGGAGCUUUGCACAGAGUGCAGCCCUUACAGUACAUCAAAGAACUCAUACAGGAAACAAACCUUGUAUAUGCUUGGAGUGUGGAAAAGCCUUCAGUCAGAGUGGCACACUUUUUAGACAUCAAAGAACUCAUACAGGGGAGAAAACUUACAAAUGCUUGGAGUGUGGAAAGCACUUCAGUGAGAAUGGCACCCUUACUGCACAUCAAAGAACUCAUACAGGGGAGAAACCUUAUAAAUGCUUGGAGUGUGGAAAGAGCUUCAGUCACAGUAAUACUCUUACACUGCAUCAAAGAACUCAUACAGGGGACAAACCUUAUAAAUGCUUUGAGUGUGGAAAGAGCUUCAGUAACAGUAGCUCCCUUAGUACACAUCAAAGAACUCAUACAGGGGAGAAACCAUAUAAAUGCCUGGAGUGUGGAAAGAGCUUCAGUGACAGUAGCACCCUUACUAAACAUCAAAGAACUCAUACAGGGGAGAAACCAUAUAAAUGCCUGGAGUGUGGAAAGAGCUUCACUCGGAGUACCUCUGUUACUUUACAUCAAAGAUCUCAUACAGGGGAAAAACCUUAUAAAUGCAUGAAGUGUGGAAAGAGCUUUAGUCAGAAUGGCGGUCUUCAGGUACAUCAAAGAACUCAUACAGGGGAGAAAACUUACAAAUGCUUGGAGUGUGGAAAGAGUUGCAGUACGAAUAGUGCCCUUACUGCACAUCAAAGAACUCAUACAGGGGAGAAACCUUAUAAAUGCUUGGAGUGUGGAAAGAGCUUCACUUGGAGUACCUCUGUUAGUUCACAUCAAAGAAUUCAUACAGGGGAGAAACCUUACAAAUGCUUGGAGUGUGGAAAGAGCUUCAGUUGGAAUGGUGCCCUUACUGUGCAUCAAAGAACUCAUACAGGGGACAAACCUUAUAAGUGCUUGGAGUGUGGAAACUGCUUCAGUCAGAGUAGCACAUUUUCUAGACAUCAAAGAACUCAUACCAGGAACAAACCUUAUCGCUGCUUGGAGUGUGGAAAGAAUUUCAGUUGUAGCCACCACCUUACUUCACAUCUAAUUAUUCAUAAAGGGGCAAACCUUAUUAAUGCCUGGAGUGUUUAGAGAGCUUCCGUCAGCAUGGCCAUCUUUUGGGACAUCAAAGGAUCCAUACAUGGGAAUAGCGUUAUAAUGUCUGGAAUGUGGAAAGAGCUUUAGUCAGUGUCACACCCAUGCUACUCAUAAAAAAAGCACACUGGGGGAAAACCAUAUAACUGUCCAGAGUGUGGAAGGAGUUUAAUUUAGCAUACCUGCCCUAUUUUGCAUCAAACAAUUGCAAACCCUUACUGCACAUCAAAGAACUCAUAUAGGGGACAAACCUUAUAAGUGCUUGGAGUGUGGAAAGAGCUUCAGUCAGAGUGGCACACUUUCUAGACAUCAAAGAACUCAUAUCAGCACAAACCUUGUCGCUGCUUGGACUGUGGAAGGCUGUUUAUGACCAGUCUCCUCUAAGUCAGUCCUUUGGGGCUGGAGUUCUGGCUCAUAAAAACUUUGAGCAGAUAUUGCUUUUCGAGUGUUGAUAUACAUACAUUUCUUUUUUUAAUAUCAUUUCUUAAUUCCAGGUGAGGUUUCCAUUUUGCUAUUUUAUUUUUUCCAACCUUUCCCCUUUAUCGCUGUUUUUCUGGGUCCAGUCCAUAGGACCCUACAUUCAUCUGGGUCCUUUGAAUGCCUCCUUGGGUAGGUAGCUAUCCUAUUCUUUCUGUUCUCUAUUAUUACUAGUUAGGAUGAAUGCUUAUAUAGCUAAUAGUAAAGGUUUACCUACUUUGGACUGGUGGAAGGAGGUAAAUGAAAGUAGAAUUGCAUAAUAGUUGAAAUGAUUACUAGCUUUGCCUGCCAUAAUAAUUGUAACAGUUAAGUUGCACACUGUUCUUCUGAGCAGAGAAGCUUGUAUAUCCAUAUUCUAUUUUGUUUUUCCAGUAAUCAUUAUUUGCAGCUACUGAUCCUUAUUUCUCCCUUCCCCAAGAUUUGAUAAUGUGCUGUGACUUUCUCUUUGAUAUUAUCAUGCUCCUAUCUUUGAUUGACUGAAAUGCAUUUGCUGGUAUUCUCCUGAUUUAUUUAAAGUAAAUCUUUCCAAAGGGAGUAUAGCCUUUCAGAUCACUCCUCUUAACUGAUGAAAGAAUUCCCAAAGGACAGGAGCUGAAUUAUGUCACUGCUCCAGCUGAGGAAAUCUUCAGGUGGAAGAUUGGGAUUGCCUGUUUCCAGGAAAAAACGGGGAACGUGAUCCAGCUACCAUCAGAGCCAGGAUGUGAGGAACAGGGCCUAGUCAGUGUUAGUGCCACAGCUUGAUGACUUUCUUCCCUACCUCAUUCUGUAACCUGUGGCCCUCCAGAUAUUGUUUGUCCCCAAACUCCAGCCGGCCCUGUCAGCAUGGCCAGUGUUCAGGGAGGAUUGGUGGGGGGGCUAAUCCAGCAACAUCUGGAGUGCCACAGGGUCCCCAUCCCUGAUAGAACUGAUGCGUAUAUAUAUAUACACACACUUAAUUGACAUGUACAAAUAUUUCUGGCUUCCAAGUUGUAAAAAAAUGCUCUGAACAUGCGAUAGGUCUGUUAAAGGUCCAUUAAAACAUUUUUUGGCAACA